GGCCUUAAUUCGUACUCGUCGCAGCUUAGAAGAACCCUAACUCGAAAGCUUCUACGGCAACGCCGCCGCUGGUCGUUCUCUCCGCUGCGUGCCAGCCAAGACCUUUCUUGGUCUCCUUCAAAUGGCGGAUCAAUCGAAACCCUAUUUCUCUGUGGAAUCAGCUCGUAAGCCCUCGUCCCGUAAACCCAACUCCCUCACCCCCGAAUCCAAGUUUUGGCGCUCCUUCAAGAACUCUGAGCCAACCUCCGGCCUCAUCCUCCCCGUAACCUCGCUUGAUUUCUCUCCCAACCAUCCUUUCGACCUCGCGGCCGCCUGUUCAACCUCCGUACUUCUCUUCGAUGGCUCUUCUCUCUCCCCCAAGUCCCACUCCCCCCUCUCGUCCUUCACGGACAUUGCAUACUCUCCCUCCUUUCGCUGCGACGGCGCCCUCCUCGCUGCUGGCGGUGAGUCCGGCCUUGUCCAGGUCUUUAAUCCCCUGAGCUCCGGCCAUGCCAUCCGUCGCCUGCGCGCUCAUUCCCGCCCUGUUCGUGUCGUCCGCUUCCCUCGAGUUGCCGACAAGCUCCAUCUCUUCUCCGCUGGAGACGACGCCCUCCUCACCUACUGGGACGUUUCCACCGAAUCAACCCUUCUUUCGGUUCCUGCCGCCCACCGCGAUUAUAUCCGUGCGUGCUCCCCCUCCCCGAUCGCCGCCGAUGUCAUCGCCACUGGAUCUUACGAUCAUUCCGUUAAGGUCUGGGAUGUCCGGAUGUCUCCAGAUUCCAAUCAAGUUUGCACCUUUACUCAUGGGAACCCUGUAGAGAGCGUGCUCUUCCUUCCAUCUGGUGGUCUCAUUGCCACUGCUGGUGGGAAUUCAGUGAAGAUUUGGGAUGUGAUUGGCGGCGGGCGGCUUCUUCAUACAAUGGAGUCCCACAACAAGACGGUCACUUCAAUAUGCCUCGGCAGAGUUGGCAAUGAAGGCGCUGGCUCCUGUGGAGAGUCAAGAAUCCUCAGCGUAUCUAUUGAUGGGUAUUUAAAAGUUUUUGAUUUUGCUGCUUUUAAAAUCACUCACACUGUGAGAUAUCCAGCUCAAUUGUUGUCGGUCGGAUUCUCUCCUUCGGGAUUGUCUAGAGUGGUUGGCACAUCAAAUGGAGUUAUUUAUGUUGGAAAGAAGAAGGUGAAAGAGGUUGCCUUGGAAAAGGUUGGUGGUGAGAUUGAUCGGUCUUUGCCGGAGCCAGAGAAGAGGGUUUUAAGGCCUACUCAUUAUAGGUAUUUUCAUCGUGGGCAGAGUGAGAAACCUUCUGAGAGUGAUCACGUUGUGAAAAAGCCAAAAAAUCUGAAUUUGGCUGAACAUGAUAAGCUCUUGAAGAAAUUCAGACACAGAGAUGCACUUGUGUCUGCUUUAAACACCAGGAAACCUUAUAGCAUUGUGGCUGUUUUGGAAGACCUGGUUGCAAGAAGGAAGCUUUUAAAAUGUAUUGCAAAUCUGGACGUGAAUGAGCUUGGCUUGCUAUUUAGAUUCCUGCAGAGGAAUGCAACAAAACCAAGAUAUGCAAGGUUUUUGAUGGGUCUGGCAAAGAGGGUGCUUGAGAUUCGUGCUAAGGAUGUUCAAUCUUCAGAAGAGUUGAGAUUCUAUAUGCAGAAUUUGAAGUGUUUGGUUAAAGAGGAGUUGAGGAUACAACACUCACUGCAGGAAAUACAAGGAAUGCUCUCACCUUUGCUUGUGAUUGCUGGGAGAUGAGGCUUUUGUUAUAGCUUUCCUGGUGCCAACCAUGUCACUUGCUGGUUCUUGCAAGCUCACAAAUCAUGGAGUUUCAGGACGUUUGAACUUUCAGGAGAUUGAUAUUCCAUGGGGACUAUGACAUAUUAUGAUGGGUUGAUUCAAUCCUGCAUUCUUUAUUUACAUUUUGUAAGCUUUUAUUCUACCGUUGUACCCUCUAUAAAAACUUUGACAGCAUGCAAAAGUUUCUGGUUUUUGUAGAUGAUUACCUUGUAAUCUUCAAGCCAAUUGAUCAUUUUAACAUGCUGUGUAUUGCCAAAAAUUAUAAAAUUCUAUAUCACAGCAACUUCUGCACUUUUAUUUA